GCCAUUGUAAGGUGUCCCAGCAGCCUUCUCUUCUGCAGAAAUGAGAAGAAAUAUAUAAGCAGGUACUGGAAAGAAGUGAAAGUUGGAGACUUUGUGCAGCUUCGCUGUAAUGAAAUUAUACCUGCUGACAUAUUGCUGCUCUCCUCAAGUGAUCCCGAUGGGCUGUGCCACAUAGAAACAGCUAACCUGGAUGGGGAAACCAACUUAAAACAAAGACAGGUGGUGAGGAGGUUCUUAGAGCUGGACUCAGAAUUUGACCCCUUGAAGUUCACCAGUAUCAUUGAAUGCGAGAAUCCAAACAAUGACUUAAGUAGGUUUCGAGGUUACAUUGUACAUAAAAGUGGAAAAAAGGAUGGGCUGUUCAAAGAAAAUCUUUUGUUACGUGGAUGUACCAUUAGAAAUACAGAGGAGGUUGCAGGAAUAGUGAUCUAUGCAGGGCAUGAGACCAAAGCUUUGUUAAAUAAUAAUGGACCUCGUUACAAACGCAGUAAGCUUGAAAGACAGAUGAAUGCAGAUGUCCUUUGGUGUGUCCUCAUACUUCUAAUCAUGUGUCUGUUUUCUGCUAUCGGUCAUGGCCUAUGGGUAUGGCAAUAUGGUGAGAAGAAGAAACCAGUUUUUGAUGUUCCAGGGCCUGAUGGCAAAUAUUUGUCUCCUGUUUUAGCUUCACUGUAUUUAUUUCUGACAGUGAUCAUCGUUUUCCAGGUUAUGAUUCCAAUUUCCUUGUACGUAUCGAUUGAAAUAGUUAAAAUCUGCCAAGUAUACUUUAUCCAUCAAGAUAAAGAUUUAUAUGAUGAAGAAACAGACUCUCAGCUGCAGUGCCGAGCUUUAAAUAUCACAGAAGACUUAGGUCAGGUGCAGUUUAUCUUCUCAGACAAGACUGGGACACUUACUGAAAACAAGAUGGUCUUCCGAAGAUGCACCGUUUCUGGAAUAGAGUAUUCCCAUGAUGAUAACGCCAAACGCUUAGCGAUGUACCAAGAGCCUGAUUCUGAGGAAGAUGAGGCAGCCCCAAAAGGAGGAACUCUAUCCCAGCGUGAUAGUAUCUGCAGCCAUCAGAGCAUCAAAGUAAUCCACAGAAGCCAGAGCACCAAAACCCACCGGCGCACAGGUAGCAGAGCUGAAGCAAAAAGAGCAAGCAUACUCUCAAAGCACACUGCAUUCAGUAGCCCAAUGGAGAAGGAUAUCACACCUGACCCACGCUUAUUAGAAAAGGUAAACGAAUGUGCAAAGCAUCUGGAGGUGAUGAGGAGCCACGAACAGCCAUUGUCACGUCUCAGUCCAGAACUGGGUGACAUUUUUGACUUUUUCAUCGCUUUGACUAUAUGUAACACAGUUGUGGUUACUGCACCAAAUCAGCCCCGACAGAAGGUUAGAGACCGAUUUGAACUGAAGUCUCCAGUAAAAACCAUAGAAGACUUCAUCCGAAGAUUCACGCCAAGUCGCUUGACCUCUGGAUCCAACAGCAGCAGUUCCUCUAGCCUAGCUACAAGCAAAUCACUGCACAGGUUUGGUUUAAGUGUGCUUUCAUCUACAUCUACAGACAGCACUUUACUCAAACUGGAAGAGAAGCUGGCGUACUCUGCGCAGAUGAAUAACAAUGGCUACAGCUCCCAGCAAGGCCGGGCAGCGCUGGGGGGCGCACCCCAGGAAGGAGAACUCCGUUAUGAAGCAGAGAGUCCAGAUGAAGCUGCUCUUGUCUAUGCAGCAAGGGCUUAUAACUGUUCUCUGGUUGGAAGGCUGUCUGACCAGGUAUCCGUGGAGCUACCUCACCUGGGAACGUUAAGCUUUGAAGUGUUACAUACAUUGGGCUUUGAUUCCGUCAGGAAGCGGAUGUCAGUAGUGGUCAGACAUCCUCUCACAGAUGAAAUAAAUGUUUACACUAAAGGAGCAGAUUCAGUUAUUAUGGAUCUUCUUCUACCCUGCUCUUCAGGUACCCCUUUUACUUACCUUU